CUUUCCCAGACUGCGGGCAGGGCUCCCCGUCGCAGGGGGAGCUGCGGGAGGAGCUGGAGGACGCGAUGCGCGUUGCCGAGCGCUUCACCCGCCGCUACGACUCCCUGCUGGGGGCCCUGCAGGAGGAGCUGCUCAACAGCACGGCCCUGAUGCAGCAGCUCAGCGACCAGUUCGGGUGGGUCACACGGCUCGCCAACCUCACCCAGGGCACCGACGGGGCACUGCGAGUCACCACGGUUCUGUCCAAGGCCCCGAACCCCUCGGAUCCCUCGGCCCCCCCGGACACUCAGGUGACCGUUCAGCUCUUCGACUCGGAGCCGCUGUCGCUGACGGUUCCGGGGCACAUCCCAUGGGAUGAUCCCAAAUUCAUGGAGAUGGUGGCCGAGCAGGCACUCCGGCACUACAAGGAGAACGCCAUAGAGUAGCCGGGAGAUCCCGCAGCUCCGCAGCCCUUCCAGCCCCAUUCCAAGCGGGAAUUGUCGCCGUUGCUGUGCCUUCCCCCCUCCCUCCCUCUCCCUCCUGCUGCCGGGAAUCCCCUCCCGGGGGUCCCCAACCAGGCAAUAAAGGUAGAGUUGGAUCCUUG